GGUUUGACGUAGUUCCUGUGCCGCUGAAAAUGAAUAUUUUUAUUUUGUCAUAUUCCGUUUUGUGUAAUUGUGUUGGCGCAAAAGAUGGAUUUUUCAGUUUUGAAGGUGCUAGAAUAGUAGUUCGAGAAUGAAGACGCUUCUAUACAUUCUAAUGAUCCAGGGCUUCAUCAGAAUAUGUGAGUCAAAUACUGGUAGAAACAUCACGGGAUCUGUGCCAUCAAAUGGAGUGUGUACAGAUUUCCGGUAUGGCGAUGACUGUGAUCAAACAUGUAACUGUAGGAACGAGACAGAAGUUUGUGACAAGAAGACUGGAAGGUGUAAAUCAGGUUGUGCCCAUGGGUGGACUGGAGAUGCCUGUGAUGAUGAAAGAAGAGAAAGAAGAAAGGGGGAAAAAAACAAAUCAGAAGAGGUGGAAAAGAAUAACGAAUCCUAUCAAAGCGGAAUCUUAGAUGUUACUUCUACUGCACUGAUGGUAAUGGUGGCUGUGGUAGCUGUUAUAGUACUUGGAGGUGGCGUGUUCGUCUACAGGAAGAUGCAUGUACUGGAACAGGAAUCGAAGGAAACACUAGGACCACAGAGAGAAAUGGAACAACACCAGAGGGAAAUGGAAAACGAGACGGAUGUGGGUCAUAUCAACCAGGCCUUCACGAACUCAGUAGAAACAUAUCAUAGCAAUCAUGCUUUGUCGAACUCAAAAGAAACUCACGACUUUUUCAUACAGUGUGUUCUAGGAAAAUAAUAUCAGCUAGGCCAGUUUGUACUCGGCAUCCAUUGUAUUUCAUCUGUUUGUACAGAAUGUGUAUGUGUGUGUAUAUAUAUAUAUAUAUAUAUAUAUAUAUAUAUAUAUAUAUACAUAUGUAUUUAGGGAAUAACUGGUUACUGUCUUAAGAUAUCUGCUUUAUCCUGCGAA